AUGUCAACAAAAUCACAAAUAACUACAGAGUUAAGUGAUAGCAUUAGUAAUGCUUUGGGGAAAAAUGUUAAAAUUCUUUUUAAAUCUUUGAUUCGCAUGGAAUCAAGAGGAGAUAAAGUUGACAACAGGGUUUUAGUGGUGACAGCAUUUAGAAUUUUUAUAACAACAACAAAAGUACCAACAAGGAUUGACAAUGGAUUUCACUUGAUGGAAGUAGAGGCCCUGGAGAGUAAGAAACAUAAUCAUCUUUCAAUUACUUUAAUACAUGAACAUAAACCAGUCUCCAUUCUUAUUGGUGAGGAGGGAUCAUCUGAUGGCGUUAUCAAUGCAAUACACGCGUUGGCCGCGGCUUUUGACGAUCUGUUUCCUAAUGUGGCCAUGGAGGACAUUAUUUCCAAGGUUAAUUUGCCGUUCCAAAUACAACCAGUGAGCGGUACGCGGAAACACUCGACUUGUGGGGAUUUCUCCAAUCAAUAUGCUGCCAUGUGCGACCUGUGUCAAACACCUUUUAGAGCUGAGGUGGCUUGGGAUAUCGACACUAUAUACCUGGCACACGACAUCAGAAUGUUGCAUUUGAAGGACUUUGACCAUUUGGAUCAAAGGGACCUGAUACCGCUGCUGAUCGCGCUGCAGCACAACACGUGGUUCGAGGGCGUGUGCGGGGACGGGGUGCGGGCGGGCGGCGAGGCGUGGGAGGCGCUCUCGCGGGUGGUGCGCUGCGCGGCGCCGCCCCCGCGCCGGCUCAGCUGGCGGGCGGCCGCGCUGCGCCACGACCACGCGGCCCGCCUCGGCCACGCGCUCGCGCGCGCCCGCUCGCCGCCCGCCAUGCACACGGUCGACCUCUCGCAGAACCACAUCGAGGACAAAGGUGCUAUUAGUAUACUUACUGGGCUGGCGAAUAAUCCAGACGGCUUGCGGCAUAUAGCAUUAUCGCAAUGCGGACUCACCGGCAAGACUGUUUCCCAUCUAGCCGCCAUGUUGAACGACAGCCAAUGUCACCUCUCGACCUUGUCACAUUUGGAUCUCUCCAAUAACAACCUAAAAGAUGAUGUACAUAAUCUCUACAAUUUCCUCGCACAGCCGAAUGUGUUGACGCAUUUAAACCUUACAAACACCGAAACAACGCUUGAAAAUAUGUGGGGCGCGUUGCUGCGCGGCUGCGCGGCCCGCCUGUCCUCGCUGCUGGUGGGGCGCAACCCUUGGUCGACGGCGCGCCGGCCCCGCGACCCGCCGCCCUCCUUCCGCCAGUUCUUCACCGCCUGCCUGGCGCUCGCCGACCUCGACUUCUCCUACUGCAAGAUGCCGCCCGACGUGCUCAAGAGCCUGCUGCUGGGGCUGGCGUGCAACGAGAGCGCGGCGGGCGUGAAGCUGAACCUGUCGGGCGUGCUGUGCUCCUCGCAGGCCGCCCACGUGCUGGAGUCCUGCAUCCACGGCGUCCGCUGCCUGCAAUCGCUGGACCUCUCCGACAACAGUAUGGAGUAUGAAUUAUCCGGCAUAGUCAGAGCUAUAGGGAAGAAUCACUCAAUUACACAUUUAUCGUUGAGCAGGCUGACCGGGAAAAGGUCUUACGCGCCUCCUUUAAUACAAGCGCUCGUACAUGUUCUUCAGGAGCCUGACACAGCUUUAACAUCACUAGAUUUAAGCGAUUGUAAACUAAAGGGCGACUUGUACGGGCUUCUAAACGCGCUGGGCGGCGCGAGGCGGCUGCGCUCGCUGGACGUCGGCGGCAACGUGGCGGGCGAUGCCGGCGCCCGACUCCUCGCAAAGGCGCUGCAGUGCAACUGCACGCUGCACACGCUGCACAUCGACCGCAACGCGUUCAGUCUGCAAGGGCUGACGGACAUCGCGACGGCGCUGCGCCGUUCGGUGAGCGUGCGGAGGGUGGAGUUCCCCGGCUGCGACGCGGCGGCGGGCGGGCGCGGCGCCAGCGAGCGGGUCGCUACGCUGUGGCGGGACCUUCAUGAGAGACUGGCCGGCAACAGCACGGCGUCGCAGUCGCACCGGCUGCGCGCGCUGGCGCUGGAGCGCGCGUGGGCGGGCGGCGAGGCGGCGGCCGCGCUGGCGGCGCAGGCGGCGGCCGCGCUGCCCCCCGCCCCGCUGCCCGCCGCCCUCGAGCGCGCCGCCGCCGCCGCGCACCACCUGCUGCACCAGUACCUGCAGCGGUGCGGCGAGGUGUUCGCGGCGAUGGGCGGCGCCAGUGGCGGCGGUGAGCUGGUCACGCUUCAAGCGGUGCGCGACGCAAUGGCGCCUUGCAACUCCGCACUGCAGGAUUUGCUCAACGAGGCCGUGGAAAGCUUAGCGCUCGCAGCUUGCGAGAGCGUGGAAAAUGUGGAUACCGAACCGAUUCCAAGCUCCGAAGUUGACAUCCCCGACCUCCUUACGCCCAUUUCACAUUCUGGGGCGACGCCGCUGGGGUGCCGGCGGCGCGAGCGCGGCCUGCGACGCGUGCGCCCCAAGUCGGUGGCGGAGCAGCAGUGCAGCAGCAACGAGAUGCUCUCGCUGCCGCCGCUGCACGCGGAGGCGGCCGACGCGCUCGCCGAGCUGCCCGCGCACACGCUGCGCCACCUCGUCAAAGGGCGUCCUAGACGAGCUAAGACACGGGCUCCCUCUCGACCUAUCACCGACCAAUCGCAGGAUAUUGAUGAAGGGCUGGACGAGUUCUGGCGCACGUGCCGCACGCCGCCCGGCAGCGAGGAGGCGUCGCUGUCCGCGCGCACGCCGCUCACCUCGCGCUCGCUGCACUCGCUCUCCUCGCUCGCCUCGCCCUCGCCGCUGCGCCACUCGCCCACGCUGCAGCGCGACGACACCAUGUACAGUGUAACAUCGGGCGAGAGUACACCGGUAUUACUGGAAUGCGAGGUGUCCCGCUGCAAGUCAUCGGACAACGUGGGAGCCCGGGCGCCCACCACGCCGCCGCCAUCGCGCUCCUCCGACAACGUCAACACUAUGGGCAACGGGUGCGCACGCACACCGGGAAAGGCGCGCCCUUGGUCCGUGGCCGGCGUGAAUGCCGACAACGCCGCCGCCUGCACCACAGAAGGCGUGGAGGCGUGCGUGGGCGGCAGCAUCGUGGGCAUCACCCCCGGCGCCGCACUAACCAGCUCAAUGCUUCGAGAUCAUCCAUUAACUCCGGAAGGCACAGAAGCC